ACAGUUAGUCUGACUGGCUUUUCAAUGCACCAGAACGAUCAAGAAUGGCAACUUCUUGCAGUGGCUGGAUGGAAAUUCAAAUAUUUGAAGAGUGGCUGUUAAAUCACUUUGUUCCAAAUAUUAUAAAUAAGGAAGAUGUUGGAUAUUUCUCGAGUUUAAAAGCUGAUUGGAGGUCAGUUCUUAAUCAAUGGCGUAAAACAUCCAGAGGAAAAAAGGUUAAUAACCUGCCAAAAUAUUUGUUUACGCAGCUCAUUAAAUCUACUCUUAAUGUUGGUAAAGAAAAUCUAGAACAUAAUUUCCAAGCAGGAUUUAAGACUACUGGCAUAUAUCCAUUUGUACCAGAACAUGUUCUCUCCAAAUUAUCCAGUUUUACAAAUAUAGAUAUUCAACUCAAUAUUGAAGAACCGUUUAGGAAUUAUGUUGAUGAUAUUCAUCUUAAUUAUGAAGUAAGCAAAAAAUUUAAGUUACCAAUAACAGCAGGGAAAAGUGUAUCAGCCACUAAGGUAGAAGCAUACUAUAAGGCAAGAGACAAUAAAAAAAAAGUCAAGAUAAUAUUCGAGCAAAGAAAAGAGGAAGACCACUUGGAUCAAAUAAUAUGGUUAUGA